UUCCGGUAGGCGGUGCAGGAGGAGAAAGGCUUGAGGGGCAGGGCCGGGCGGAUCCCCUUCUCUCCCAAUGUGAGCAGUGUCCCGAUCCCCCGUCAGGCGAAAGGCUGCCUAGAGAGGUGGAGCCGGUGGCCGGGCCGGGAACAUGAGGCAGUGUCUCCUCUUCUUGACCAGCGUGGUUCCUUUCGUGCUGGCGCCACGACCUCCGGACGAUUCCCCGGAGCGACUCGAAAAGCUUGAUUCUUUACUCUCAGACUACGAUAUCCUCUCUUUAUCCAAUAUCCAACAGCAUUCAGUAAGAAAAAGGGAUCUACAGGCCUCAACACAUUUAGAAACACUACUGACUUUUUCAGCCUUGAAAAGGCAUUUUAAAUUAUACCUGACAUCAAGUACUGAACACUUUUCCCAAAAUUUCAAAGUCGUGGUGGUAGAUGGCAAAGAUGAAAGUGAGUACACCGUCAAAUGGCAGGACUUCUUCAGGGGACACGUAGUUGGUGAGCCUGACUCUAGAGUUCUAGCCCACAUAGGAGAUGAUGAUAUUACAAUAAGAAUCAACACAGAUGGGGCAGAAUAUAAUAUAGAGCCACUUUGGAGACUAAUUAAUGAUACUAAAGACAAAAGAAUAUUAGUUUAUAAAUCUGAAGAUAUUAAGAAUGUUUCACGUCUACAGUCUCCAAAAGUAUGUGGUUAUAUAAAGGCUGAUAAUGAAGAGUUGCUUCCAAAAGGGCUGGUAGACAGAGAGCCACCUGACGUGCAUACAAAUUCAUAUUAGAGCUUGUUCAUCGAGUGAAGAGAAGAGCCGACCCCAAUCCCAUGAAGAACACGUGUAAAUUGUUGGUGGUAGCAGAUCAUCGCUUUUACAGAUACAUGGGCAGAGGGGAAGAGAGUACAACCACGAAUUACUUAAUAGAACUCAUUGACCGAGUGGAUGACAUCUAUCGGAACACUUCAUGGGACAACGCGGGUUUUAAAGGUUAUGGAAUACAGAUAGAGCAGUUAUUAUUUGACUAGGUAAUAUAUACACAUGGUACAAAAGCCAGUGAAAAAUCCGCAUUCUCAAGUCUCCACAAGAGGUGAAACCCGGUGAAAGGCACUAUAACAUGGCAAAAAGUUACCCAAAUGAAGAAAAGGAUGCUUGGGAUGUGAAGAUGUUGCUAGAGCAAUUUAGUUUUGAUAUAGCCGAAGAAGCAUCUAAGGUCUGCCUUGCACAUCUUUUCACCUACCAAGAUUUUGAUAUGGGAACCCUUGGGUUAGCUUAUGUCGGUUCUCCCAGAGCCAACAGCCACGGAGGUGUUUGCCCAAAGGCUUAUUAUAGUCCAAUUGGAAAGAAGAAUAUCUAUUUGAAUAGUGGCUUGACCAGCACAAAAAAUUAUGGUAAAACCAUCCUUACAAAGGAAGCCGACCUGGUAACAACUCAUGAAUUGGGACACAAUUUUGGAGCAGAGCAUGAUCCGGAUGGCCUAGCAGAAUGUGCCCCAAAUGAGGACCAGGGAGGAAAAUACGUUAUGUAUCCCAUCGCCGUGAGUGGAGAUCAUGAGAACAAUAAGAUGUUCUCCAACUGCAGUAAGCAGUCCGUCUACAAGACCAUCGAGAGUAAGGCCCAGGAGUGUUUUCAAGAGCGAAGCAACAAGGUGUGUGGGAACUCCAGGGUGGACGAAGGAGAGGAGUGCGACCCUGGCAUCAUGUACCUGAACAACGACACGUGCUGUAGCAGCGACUGCAUGCUGAGGGCCGGCGUGCAGUGCAGUGAUAGGAACAGUCCUUGCUGUAAAAACUGUCAGUUCGAGACUGCCCAGAAGAAGUGCCAAGAGGCGAUCAAUGCUACUUGCAAAGGCGUGUCUUACUGCACAGGUGACAGCAGCGAGUGCCCCCCGCCCGGCAACGCCGCGGACGACACGGUGUGCCUGGAUCUCGGCAAGUGUAAAGACGGGAAGUGCGUCCCCUUCUGUGAGCGGGAGCAGCAGCGGGAGUCCUGCGCGUGUAACGAAACUGACAACUCGUGCAAGGUGUGCUGCAGGGACCCCUCGGGCCGGUGUGUGCCCUACGUUGACGCUGAACAGAAGAAUUUAUUCUUGAGGAAAGGGAAGCCCUGUACGGUGGGCUUCUGUGACAUGAAUGGCAAGUGUGAGAAGCGAGUACAGGACGUCAUCGAGCGGUUUUGGGACUUCAUCGACCAGCUGAGCAUCAAUACUUUUGGGAAGUUUUUAGCGGACAACAUCGUAGGUUCCGUCCUGGUUUUCUCCUUGAUAUUUUGGAUCCCCUUCAGCAUUCUUGUCCAUUGCGUGGAUAAGAAACUGGACAAGCAGUACGAGUCCCUGUCCCUGUUCCACCCCAGCAACGUGGAGAUGCUGAGCAGCAUGGACUCCGCCUCGGUGCGCAUCAUCAAGCCCUUCCCCGCGCCCCAGACGCCCGGCCGCCCGCAGCCCCUGCAGCCCCUGCAGGUCGCCUCCGCGCCGCCGCUGCCCCCCGCCGCCCCCAAACUGGAGCCCCAGAGAAUGGACACGAUCCAGGAGGACCCCAGCACGGACUCGCACGCGGACGAGGACGGCUUCGAGAAGGACCCCUUCCCCAACAGCGGCACCGCCGCCAAGUCCUUCGAGGACCUCACCGGCCGUCCGGUGCCGCGAAGCGAGAAGGCCGCCUCGUUCAAGCUGCAGCGGCAGAACCGCGUGGGCAGCAAGGAGACCGAGUGCUAGGCCGCGGCUCCCGGCACGGGGCCGCGGCCGGCAGACUGGGGAGCCCCGCGUCCGUGCUUCGAGGGUCGGCGGGGGACGAAGGGACCGCGCAGCAGAGGCCGGUCGCGGGUCUGGACCCGUCACACUCGGGAAUUGCUUGUGUGCCGAGGCCCCUGUCUUUUGGGAGAGGUGAGGUGAAUCUGGCUUAUUUUGAGGCUUUCAGGUUUUAGUUUUUUUUUUUUU